AUGCAAAAGAACGAGACUUGCAACGAAGAUAGAUGUCAAGAAGUGAGCGAACACAUGUUGAUGGCACAUGAUUCAAGCCAUGCAGAAGAAGAAGAUACUUGGUACUUAGAUAAGGGUUGCUCUAAUCACAUGACAGGCAAGAAGGAGUGGCUAAUAGAUCUGGAUCCAAAUGUUAGAAGCAACGUAAGGUUUGCUGAUAACAGUGUGAUAAUGGCCAAAGGUGCCAGAAGGAUUCUGAUCAGACGCAAGGAAGGACAACCCGCGUACAUGAAUAAUGUGUUGUAUGUACCAAAUAUGAAGAGCAAUCUGCUCAGCCUUGGGCAGUUGCUUGAAAAAGGAUAUACUAUGAACAUGAAUCAAAAGCAUAUAGAAGUAUUUGAUGACAGAAGACGUCUCGUGCUCAAAGCUCCUCUAGUCAGAAACAGAACUUUCAAGGUGAAGCUUAGUGCUACAACUUUUCAGUGUUUAUCAUCUACCAAUACUGAGGAAGAAUAG